AUGCUAAGUAAGUGGAAUUUUAGAUGGAACAGUGAAAGACAAAAAUCCUGGAAUGUUUGGAUGAGAGGGAAAUAUGGUAUUUCUGCUCACGAGAGUAUGACUUCGACUCAGCACCUGAAUAAAUUGUCUGAAAGUAUGAAAGCAAUCAAGAAGGCAUCAGAGUUUCCUGGUCUAAGAGAAAAAUUAUCUCAAGAUAAUUUUGCAUGGAAAUUGAAAAAUGGUAAAACAAUUUUAUUCUGGGAAGAUCGUUGGUCUGGAAAAUCAUCAAUAAAAGACACACAUCCUAAGCUGUAUAAGCUGUCUACGCUUAAAGAGAUUUCAGUCUCAGAAGUGUUUGAAUGCUGGAAGGGGAAUGACAUUAGUACAAGCUGCCAGUUCUGGUCAAGGCCACUUAGACCGUGGGAAAUGGAGGAAGCCUCAAAAAUAGGCGACCUUGUCCGAACAAUAACCCUAGCAAAAGACAAAGAUGAAAUGAUCUGGGCAUAUACUAAGAAAGGCUUAUCACUUAAGGCUGCCACAGAUCUCUUGACAUGCAACAGUAGUCCGAUCAGUUGGGAAUUCGUUUGGAAGUUAAAGGUGCCUAACAAGGUAAAGAUCUUUCUCUGGAAAGCUCAUUUGGGAAUCCUUCCUACUAGAAACUUCUUAGCACUCAGGAAUAUUAAACUCAGCGACUCAACGACUUGUCCUGUUUGUAAGCUAGAAGGGGAAACAACAGGUCACUUAUUGAUAGAGUGCAAAAUGGCCAAAGCAGUUUGGACUCAGAUGUUCAGUUGGUGGCAAAUCAACCCAGUUCCUCCGCAUGAAAUGUCACUAAUGAGCAUCUGGCAACAGUCUAAGCAGUUCUCAACUAGGAAAGCCAGAAUCACUUGGAAAGUAUGUGUGAGUGCAGCUUUGUGGUGCAUAUGGUUGGUGAGAAAUCAGGUGGUUUUUCGUAAUAUGGAAGUCAAAAUGCAAUCAGCCAUAAGCUACUUCAAACAACUAGCCAAGGAGUGGUGCUUGGCAAACAACUUGAUUCUUCAAAACGCUGCAACAUGGUGGAGUGUCAAUCCAAUGGGAGUCUUAACAAGUUCUGAGCGAGCUCAGCUAAGCAAUAUAAUGCAGGUCGAGGAAGAUUUAAUCGGAUUUACAGAUGGCUCAUGCAAAACACGUGGCGAAUUUAAAUUCGCUGGAAUAGGAGGGAACAUCCUCAACAAAAAAGGAAAUGUAAUCUUUUCAUUCUCAGGACCCUCUAGCGCUACAACCUCGUUCGAAGCAGAGAGUCAAGCAUUGGAGUUUCUGGUAAAAUCGUUUUCAAACUCAGACUAUAAGGCAAGCAAUAUGGUAAUCUACUCGGAUUGCUUAAAAUUAGUGCACAAGGUGUUGGAAGUUACAACUGCGCACUGUACAGAUGAAAAGCAGGACUUACGGGAAAUUUUUAAAGGACUAAAAAUCAGAUGCGCUUUUAUUCCUAGUGAGCUAAACAGCGAAGCUGAUUUUUUAGCCAAAAAAGGUGCCAAGAGUAAACAUCUCACAAGUUGUUGGAUCACAAAUUGCAGUGGCCCAUUCUCCCAACCCAAGCCUUGA